UACUGAAGCACCAUAGUGAAGACUUCCACUGCUACUACAAUGAAGACUGCAUUCCUUUUGACCUUAGUGGCCUGCUCUGCCCUCGCUGCGUCCGUGGAGCAAACGACCCCUUACGUCCACAACUCCCAUUCCUCCAGCAGCCGGGGAAACCAUGUAGGAGUUGGUAGCUACGGAUAUGGACACAACCAACAGUACCCAUUCGGGGGAUACCAGCAGCAACAGUAUCCAUAUGGAGGCUACCAACAGCAACAGUACCCAUAUGGAGGUCACCAACAGCAACAGUACCCAUAUGGAGGUCACCAACAGCAACAGUACCCAUAUGGAGGUCACCAACAACAACAGUAUCCAUAUGGAGGCUACCCACAACAACAGCACCCAUUUGUAGGAUACCAGCAACAGUACCCAUUCGGAGGAUACCAACAACAGUACCCCUACAGCCAAUUGAGUCAGCAGUACCUUUCAGUACCCGUCCAAGCCCUUCAGGUACUUGGCCAGAUGGAACAACAUCUCUACCACAUCCAACAACAACUCGAACACUACCAACAGGUUUACCCGCAACACCAAUGGCAACAAUAUGUACAGGCCGUUAUCAAAUACCUAAACCAAGUGCAAGAACUCCAGGCAACUUUCCAAAACUACGUUCAGAACAACGAAAACGUUCCUGCCCAAUACCAAAGCCAAGUGAUCCAAUUGUACAACCAAAUCUACAACCUCUAUCAAGAAGUUGAAUACGUCUACCAAAACCAAGAGUACUACGGUCAUCAACAAGGUUCCCAAUACCCAUCGGUCUUCCAAAACUUCUACCCUGGCUACCAAGGACAGUAUCAAUACCAACACCAACAAGGAGCACCAAUCCAUUCCGGUUUUGGCGUUUCUUACCCAUGGAACGCAUAUCAGCAUUAUUCCUCUAGGAAUUAUCAGCCAUACGAACAGGUAGCAGUAAAAGUUGCUUAAAAACAUUAAACUAUAAAGCUCUUUUAAUCAGUAUAUUCCAUAAAUGAUGGUUUAUAUGUAAUUAAAUACGUUUUUGAAUUGUUUAUUUCUCAUUUUGCAUCUUUCAUGUAAGCAUUUCUGCAACAAUUAAAGGUGCAAGUUGUGAGGAAAUGGAACCACACAAAGAAAAUAAAAUAUUUCAGUGGAAACUUA